AUGGAGUUCGCCCACGCUCCGUUGGAAGGAGAUAAUGCCUUCAGACUCCUCCGACUCCUCGGCGGCCAAGGCGACAUCGUGGAGUGCGAACUAUUCCACACAAACACAAACUAUAGCAAGCUGCACUAUGAAGCGGUGUCGUAUUGCUGGGGGUCCAAACAACGUCCAGGCACCAUUCUCAUCAACGGCCAAACUUUGUUGGUGAGAGAAAGUCUUGUUGGACUUUUGAAGCAUCUGCGACAUGCCGACCCAACCAAAAAUCGCAUCAUUUGGAUCGACGCUGUUUGUAUCGAUCAGCAAAACAAGAUUGAGCAAGGUCAUCAAGUACAGCAGAUGCGGAGGAUAUACGCAUCGGCGCGACGCGUCAUAUUUUGGCUUGGAGAGACGACCCCGAAUGUGACUCUGCUCAUGACUGCUCUUGAUCUAUUCAACCGAACUGUCAAGUCCUACGGGUGGCAUCGGCUGGCUAUCGUGGAGCAGAGCGCAUGGGAACUAGUCGUCAAGGCUCUGGAGGCGCAUCCUGCCAUCUUGAACGCCCCUGGAAGAAUGCGCGAAGCUUUACACGACCUAUUGAAGAGACCAUGGUUUCGUCGCGCCUGGAUUAUCCAGGAAGUUGCAAACGCCAGGCGGGGAAUAGUCCAAUGCGGCAAGCACGUGGUUGCAUGUCGACCUUUUACUCUUGCACCUCGACUCUUGGGCAUACAGGCCAAUCAACAUUGCUGCAAUGUCCUAGAUGCAAUGCCCACCUGUUCGAGGACCGUCUCAUGGUGGUCAGAGGACCGGAGUCUCUUCUCCAUUGUUCAAAAGUUCCGGUAUUCCGAGUCGACACUGGACCGUGAUAGGAUUUACGCCUUACGCGGCCUUUGCAGUUUCCGCGACGACAGAAACUUCCUCGGCGUGGACUACGAGCAACCCGUGCAGCAGGUGAUCAACGAUGCUAUAGCGCACAUGUGUAUGUGCGACCGCCGCUCCUUGCCCGACUCUCUGUACCCAAGUAUGGGCGCCUUUUUGAACGAUCUGGAGUCCAUGCACCUGCGGGUCUUGAUAGCCCUGCUCAAGUCUGAUAAUAUCGACGGUGUACGAGAUAUAUUGCACCAUUACCCUACUUCGAUCAAAAUUACGCCGUUGAUGUUGAGCUAUGCUGUUUCUAGCAUCCAUCAUGGCCCAGGUCUAACUAAAUUGCUGUUGGACUUUUGCCAAGGACCGAUUCAGAUUUCGGAGCAAAUCGUCAUUGCGGCAUGUAUGAAUGAGGCGCAUGCUCCUGCUGUAUGCAACUUAUUACUGCCGUACGCAUCGAGUAUAGGCCCAUCGCUGGGCAUUUUCAUUGCAGCUGCCCGAAACCCUGCCCAGGGGAGACCCAUCAUGAGUUGUCUCAUUAAGCAUUUCCGGCCCAGCGAAACUAUCGUGACAGCGGAGCUUUCUGAUGCGAUUUUGUUAAAUGAGAAAGCCAGAGACGAGCUCAUUGAUAUCAUAUUUCAAAGGCUCGCCGGCAGCGUUCAGAUAAACCAAGAUAUCGCACUGGGGGCAGCCAAAACCCCGAGCGACCUCAUGAGUUUGGAUGCCUUCUUUGCAUCAAAGCAACUGGUUGUUACCGAAGAAAUUCUAAUUGCAACGACUCAGAAUAGGACAUGGGGACCAAAGGUUCUUGAAUACCUUUUUCAGAAGACCACGGCAAAGUACUUGCCAAUGAGCGGAAGGCUUGUUGCGGCAGUAAUUGAUGCUAUUGAGUACAACUUGGACCUGCUGCAAUUGUUCCUGGAUUAUCGAAAACAAGACAUCAGCAUAUGCGAUGAAGUUCUCAUAUCUAUACUGAGACAUCCAGAAGCACUCAGAAUCUUGAACUUGUUCCAAGAUGAGAAGGGUAUUUUGCAGAUGACACAGACAACCCCAGCAACUAUGUCAAACUACGCAGUCGUGCCGCCUCUGGAUUGGACAUUCAUCAACAUUGAUUCAGAAGGGCAUCCAGCCCUAUGGUGGGCAAUUGACAACGCUCAGGAAGCUCUUCUACAAGCCCUCAUAAGAAAAGGCGCGGACCUCUCAGUCCAUGGCCCGCGCCCGAUUAUCAAACACGGGCAACGAAUCGACGACAGGGAGCCAAUGAGAUACAGCUAUGCACAUCCCCUGUACCUGGCCACCAAGCUAGGCAACUUGUCCAUCAUCAAGGUACUUCUUGACAAUGUUGCAGACAUCAACCAAGGUCCAACAUCCCUUGUUGCAGCCAUGGAUCAAGACAAGAGUUUCCAGUUUCUACUUGAACACGGUGCACGUAUCAACGGAGAGCUUUUAGUAGGGGCUGCAUAUUAUGGCAAUAUCUCUGUUGUGAAGUUUGCAAUUGAAAAUGGUGUGAGAGAUGAGCUAGACUAUGCUCUUUUCCUGGCAGCUGAGAAUUGCCAUAUUCCAGUCGUCGAGAAUCUCUUGGAAGCUGGUGCGCAAAUCAAGGCUCGCAUUCCCAACCGUAUCAACAAUCGGGAAUAUCCAUAUCGCAGCUCUUGGACAGUUUUGCACUGUGCGGUAUUUUCAAAAGAUGCUAGCCCAGAUCUGAUUGAACUUUUGAUCAAGAGUGGCGCAGAACUGAACGCAAGAGGUGACUUCGGGGAGACGGCCUUAGAUAUUGCGGCACAUGUAACUCGAAAUCGGAGCGUCUAUGAGUGCUUGCUCAAAGCUGGUGCUCACUAA